AUUCGUCAAUACAAGACCAAAAAUACGAUUUGAGUUACGUCGAUAAUCAUUAUCGACUAUAUAAUAUACGCCAAAUAUAACAUUACCUCUUAUUCAAAUGCUAACCAUAGCAAAAACGAGAACCAAACUAAUAAUAAACAGUAACAACACAAUGGGAAACGUCUUCGGCAAGACUUACAUAAUGGGAAUGGUGUUCGGUAAGAUCGUCGUGGAGACUCCCAAAUACACCGUCUCCAAAUCCGGCGACGGCUACGAGGUCCGUCAAUAUCCGCCGGCGGUUUCCGCGGAGGUCACUUACGAUCCUUCCGAGUUCAAAGGCGAUAGAGACGGCGGCUUUCAGGUCUUGGCUAAGUACAUAGGCGUCUUCGGCAAACCGGAGAACCAGAAGAUCGCCAUGACGGCGCCGGUGGUCACGACGGAGGGGGAGAAGAUCGCCAUGACGUCACCGGUGAUCACCAAGGAAGGUGAGAAGAUAGCCAUGACGUCACCUGUGAUCACCAAGAAGGGUGAGAAGAUUGAGAUGACGUCACCGGUGAUCACUAAGGAAGGUGAGAAGAUCGCCAUGACGUCACCGGUGAUCACUAAGGAGGGUGAGAAGAUUGAGAUGACGUCACCGGUGAUCACUAAGAAAGGGGAGAAGAUUGCUAUGACGUCACCGGUGGUGACGAAGGAAGGAGGAGGAGGGGAGAGGAAGAAGAAGACGGUGACGAUGCAGUUCUUGUUGCCGGAGAAGUACAAGAGGGCGGAGGAUGCGCCGCGUCCGACGGACGAGAGGGUGGUGAUUAGAGAGGAAGGAGGGAGGAAGUACGGCGUGGUCACGUUCAGUGGGACUGCGGGAGAGGGUGCGGUGAGCGAGAAGGUGAAGAAGCUGACGAGUGAUCUCGAGAGAGAUGGGUUUAAGAUCGUCGGAGAGUUCGUGCUCGCUAGGUAUAAUCCGCCGUGGACGUUGCCUCCUUUUAGGACCAACGAAGUCAUGAUCCCUGUUGAAUGAAAGAACUAGCUUUUGUCUGAAGAACUUGUUUUUUUUUUACACUGUGUGUUUGUAGUAAAAGAUGCAACAGAACAAUAAUGUAUACAAUGCUAGCUUUAUGGAUGAAUAAACAACAAAGUGCUUGUUCA